AUGACCAGGCAGCCUGCUCAAGGCAAAGGGUCUUCUUGGGGCAAGCACAGAAGAACCACACGGUUCAUCCUGGCUGUGGGUUUAAUCACUACCAUUCUUGCUUUCGCUCAUGUCUCUUUUGACAGGGAGAAGGUACUCCGUGUGAAGCCCCAGGAUGAAAAACAAACAAACACCAUAAAGGACUUAGCCAAAACCAACCAGCUUGACUUCUGGUAUCCAGACACCACCCACCACAUAACUGCUAACAUGACAGUGGAUUUUCGAGUUGGUGAAAAGGAAUCCCAGUCUAUUCGGUCUGCCUUGGAUCAAAAAAUGCAUUAUGAAAUCUUGAUUCAAGAUGUACCAGAAGAGGUUGAGAAACAGUUUGAUGUUAAAGAUAUUCCAGGCAGACACGGCUCUGAAAAAUACAAUAACUGGGACAAGGUAUAGAUUGUUGCUUGGACUGAAAAAAUGGUACAUCAGCAUCCUAAUAAAAUGGUCUCUCACAUUAAAAUUGGAACUACUGUUGAAGAUAAUCCACUAUAUGUACUCAAGUUAACUCAUUCAACAGGAGACAGCCAAAAGGAUUGCUUUGAGACUAUGAAUGAGUUAUUGGACAACAAGGGAUCAAUGGAUGAAAAAAGAAAGGCUAUUUUUAUGGACUCUGGCAUUCAUGCACGAGAAUGGUUCUCGCCAGCAUCCUGCCAGUGGUUUGUCUAUCAGAAACCAAAACUUAUGGUUAAAAACAAAAUUAUGACCAAACUUCUGAACCAGAACUUUUAUGUUCUUCCUGUGUUAAAUUUUCAGAUCACAUGUGGAGAAAAAAAUCAUUCUAAGAAACAAAACUCCAGAUGCAUCGGAACUGACUUCAACAGGAACUUUAAUGUCUCAUAUAACUUUUUCCCUUACACCAAGGACCCAUGUAGGGAGAUCUAUCCGGGCACCGCACCAGAGUGUAAGAAAGAGACCAAAGCUGUCACUGAUUUCAUUUGAAGGCAUCUAAACAAGGCCUACAUCACCUUCCAUUCCUACUCCCAAAUGCUAUUGUUUCACUAUGAAUAUACACCUGACCAAGAGGACCUGGCCAAAGUUGCAAAGGUCAGCACAGAUGUUAUAUUAACUCGAUAUGAAACCCACUACACCUAUGACCCAACAUCAGGUACUUCUUUAGACUGGGCUUACAACCUGGGCAUCAAACACACAUUUGCCUUUGAGCUCCAAGAAGGCAAAUGUGGUUUUUUCCUUCCAGAACUUCCGAUAAAGUCAACUUGUACAGAGACCAUGAUAGCUGUCAAAUUUAUUGCCAAGUAUUUCCUCAAGAAUGCUUCCUAAAGAAUUGUUCACUAUUUGAAGUAAACUAAUUAAUCCUUCCCCAUGCCUUUCACUAGAACGUCAAUCUUUGCUUAUCCUGAAAUAUGGUUUCCACACCACCUAAAUAGGUCCCUCUCUUGCUCACUUAAGUCCUGUGUUAUUUCUUUUUUUUUUUCUAUUCUCAAUAUCACCUAACAAAUAGCUUUAAGUGAAAGUUUUAAGCAAAUAAAGGUAGAACCCAGCACAAAAUAUUAUUUUGAGUGUUUUGAAAGGUUAUA